AUGGCGAAUAACGAGAAUAUUGAGGAGCCCAUCAUUAUUAAUUCAGACGAUGACGACUUAGAGGCGACGCACUAUGCGACUCCGAUUGCUAGCACCAGGUUUUCUAGUGUGAAACACGAGACACCUACACCAUUCAAACCUGAUUCAUCGCGUACCCUUCUUUCCGGGUCAUCAAGCGCUGUAAAGAUCCAGCCCGUGGACAGCGAUGAGGAUGACGCCAACGAUGGCGAGCUAGCAUACAAGAAAUUCAAGGAACGCAAAUCCCUGAAGCGCAAACAAUCAGCUGCAGCAACCCGCAAAGCGAAAAUGCCCAGGGGAGAUCCAAUCGUUGGUCGAGUAAAACAAGAGCGACCAACGCCCUUGCCUAAGCGGCCGUUAAAGCAAUGGGGCGAGGUGUCUUCCGAGGAUGAGCUGAUGGAAAACACUUUACCUGGAUAUCUCAAAACUCGUCGCAGUCAGUUUGACCGGAGGUAUGAACAUCUGAAAGAUCAUGGACUGAAGCUCCCACCCACCUAUGAAAAUGUGGAUUUCUCGGACGACGAGCGGCUUGAAGAACUCCAAGAACGACCUGUCUUUCCGGUUAACACCCGAAAACAGGAGUACAAGGACGUUGAACUUCCGUACUCGAUGGGCAUCAUUCCUGCCCCGAUCGCCCAGUGGUUGCGGCAGUAUCAAGUGGAGGGAGUGGCGUUUCUGCACGAGCUGUUUGUAUACCAAAAGGGUGGUGUCUUAGGCGACGACAUGGGUCUCGGGAAGACCAUCCAGGUGAUUGCGUUCUUGACCGCUGCCUAUGGAAAGACAGGCGACGAACGGGACGCAAAGCGCAUGCGAAAGAUGCGUAGAUCUGACGACGGCACUUGGUAUCCACGCACGCUCAUUGUGUGUCCAGGAACUCUUAUUGCAAAUUGGGGGGCCGAGUUUGCACGCUGGGGGUGGUGGCAUGUUGAAAGCUACCACGGGGAGAAUAAAGAUCUCGCUCUCGAUGCAGCAAAGUCGGGGAGGGUGGAAAUCCUGAUUACAACCUAUACCACUUAUAUGAACAACAAAGACGCUGUCAAUAUGAUUGAAUGGGACUGCGUGAUUGCCGACGAGUGCCACAAGAUUAAGGAGCGCAAAUCCGGGACCACCCAGUCUAUGAACGAGAUCAAUGCGUUAUGUCGAAUAGGACUGACCGGCACAGCCAUCCAGAACAAGUAUGAAGAAUUAUGGACCCUGCUCAACUGGACGAACCCCGGUGUUCUGGGUCCGGUGUCUACCUGGAAGGCGCAAAUAUCAGAGCCACUGAAGAUCGGACAAUCGCAUGAUGCCACCCUGAGCGAGCUCAGCAGAGCACGAAGAACAGCCAAGAAGCUGGUCGAGAAUCUACUCCCCCAAUUUUUCAUCAGAAGGAUGAAGUCCUUGAUCGCGGAUCAGUUGCCCAAAAAGAUUGACCGGGUUGUCUUUUGUCCUCUAACUGAGACACAAGCCGAGGCCUACGAGAACUUCCUUGACAGUGAUAUCGUCGAUUAUAUAAAGACAUCUACAGAACCAUGCGAGUGUGGAUCGGGCAAAAAGUCUGGCUGGUGUUGUCGCCGCUUGAUCCCCAAUAGGGACCCUCCAAACUGGCAAUCCUAUGUGUUCCCUGCUAUCAAUGUGCUUCAAAAGCUGAGCAAUCAUCUGGCAAUUCUGAUUCCACAAGGAGUAGACCCAAAAGAGAAGCAGGAAAAAGAUAGAGAUUAUUUGGAACUUGCGCUGCCUGAACAAUGGGAAGAUCUUUACCGCUCGCGCGACUCGAUCGUCAACUACGCGAACCCUGAAUUUUGCGGCAAGUGGAAGGUCCUGCGGAAGCUACUUAAAUGGUGGCAUUCGAAUGGAGACAAAGUUCUUAUUUUCUCGCAUAGCGUGCGUCUUCUCAAGAUGCUGCAAAUGCUGUUCCAUCACACUAGCUACAACGUCAGCUACCUGGAUGGAUCUAUGAGUCUCGAUGACCGUGCAAAAGCUGUGGACGAGUUCAAUGCCGACUCGCGACAGUUUGUUUUCUUAAUUUCAACCAAGGCUGGCGGUGUUGGGUUGAACAUCACCUCGGCAAAUAAAGUGGUAGUCGUUGAUCCAAACUGGAACCCGUCCUACGAUUUGCAGGCCCAGGAUCGGGCCUACCGUAUAGGACAACUUCGCGAUGUAGAAGUCUUUAGGCUUAUUUCUGCCGGCACGAUCGAAGAGAUUGUAUACGCUCGACAGAUCUACAAGCAGCAACAGGCAAAUAUUGGAUACAACGCAAGUUCCGAGCGCCGGUACUUUAAAGGCGUUCAAGAAAAGAAAGACCAAAAGGGUGAAAUCUUUGGUCUUAAGAAUUUCUUCGGUUAUCAGAACACAAAUAUCGUUCUGCGCGACAUCGUCAACAGAACAAAUGUCGCCGAAAGCCGUGCGGGAGUGCAGGUUGUCGACAUAGACCUCAAAGCAGAAGAUGAAGGCCACGACUACACCGAUCGACCAAUGAAAUCCGAAGAUGAAGCAAUGAGCCAACUCGCGGCGAUGAUCUGUGGCGAAGAUGAUGACAAAAAAGACCAUAAGCCUUCGGCCAAUCUUCCGACACCGCGUAAACACGACCCCGUUCAGGCGAUUCUCGCAAGCGCGGGCGUGGAAUACACCCACCUCAACAAUGAGGUGAUCGGUUCUUCACGUGUCGAGGAAGACCUCAGUCGUCGUGCUGAACUGGCGCCAAAUGACACGGCAGGUGACCGCCAGGUCUUCAUGUCCUCGCAGCCUUUCUCUCAGCCGACAGGGGAACCUGUGCGAUUCAAGUAUCAUCCUCCGGAGGAUGUUAUACGUCGUCAGUUCUGUAGUAUGGCGCGGCGGUUUGGAUACGCUGAUGCUACGGAGUUUGCGCUCGUUGUCGAGGGUAUGACCCAGGCGCAGCGGAGAGCUUGUCUCGACAAGUGGUAUCGAGAGAGGAGAGAGGUACUACUGUCUGCGGGCCACAACAGUCCUGAGGAGUGGCCCAAAGAGGAAAAGGUUCCUGAAGAGGUGGGUGUGAAAGAUGAAUGGAUCAAAGAUGAAAAGGGCCCCGAGGAGGAGAGCCAGGAUCUUUGA